GUGCUCGAGCGCGCAGGCGUGGUCAGGGGCCGGGGGCUGGCCUGCCACUCCGGAAUCUCAGCGAGCCCCAUUCUGCACCAUACGCGGAACCGCCACCAUGGCCGCCUACAAGCUGGUGCUAAUCCGGCAUGGCGAGAGCGCGUGGAACCUGGAGAACCGCUUCAGCGGCUGGUACGACGCCGACCUGAGCCCAGCGGGGCACGAGGAGGCGAAGCGCGGCGGGCAGGCGUUGCGAGAUGCUGGCUAUGAGUUUGACAUCUGCUUCACCUCAGUGCAGAAGAGAGCAAUUCGGACCCUCUGGACAGUGCUAGAUGCCAUUGACCAAAUGUGGCUGCCUGUAGUGAGGACUUGGCGUCUCAAUGAGCGUCAUUAUGGGGGUCUGACUGGCCUUAAUAAAGCAGAAACUGCUGCCAAGCAUGGCGAGGCCCAGGUCAAGAUCUGGAGGCGCUCCUAUGAUAUCCCACCACCACCGAUGGAGCCCGACCAUCCCUUCUACAGCAACAUCAGUAAGGAUCGCAGGUAUGCAGACCUCACUGAAGAUCAGCUACCCUCCUGUGAGAGUCUGAAGGACACUAUUGCCAGAGCUCUGCCCUUUUGGAAUGAAGAAAUAGUCCCCCAGAUCAAGGAGGGGAAACGGGUAUUGAUCGCAGCCCAUGGCAACAGUCUUCGGGGCAUUGUCAAACAUCUGGAGGGUCUUUCUGAAGAGGCUAUCAUGGAGCUGAACUUGCCAACUGGUAUUCCCAUUGUCUAUGAAUUGGACAAGAACUUGAAGCCCAUCAAGCCCAUGCAGUUCCUGGGGGAUGAAGAGACCGUGCGUAAAGCCAUGGAGGCCGUGGCUGCUCAGGGCAAGGCCAAGAAGUGAAGGCGAGCAGGCAGACUACUUUCCCAAGGACACCCUCCCUGCCCGUCCCAUUUCUCUGCAUCUCUCCUCUGCACACGUCACACUGACCACAUCUGUAGGCAUUUUAGGUUGUAGCUGCAGAUGGGGACUAGUGGCUUCCAAUUUUGUUUUAGCCAUUUUGUCUCUUGUACCCACUUCCUUCAUGCAAUCUAGUCAGGACCCUGUGGUAAGGGUCCUUAGUCUAAGGCUGCGGGAAGAGAGUCCAGAGGUAGUAACUCCAGUUUUUUUUUUUU